UCCUCCCUCCUCAUGCCCUCUGCUGCGGAAACGCAAGUGGCUGCUGCGGCAAUUAGUGAACCACGCCUGCUGGGCUCUAAUUUCUCUGAAUUGUGCUCCUUAUAUACAACCCCCCUCCGCAGCUGAAGAAACUUGUCUCCAGUGGCUGCAGGUCUGCUCGUCCAGCAAACGCCCUAUUAUACUUGUUCAAUUAUUCUAACCUCGCGAGAGCUUACAGUUAGACCCCUCCGGGGCUGGUUUUGACGGACAGGGAAUUAGAAGCUCAGUCGGUCACACUGACCGGUAAUAAGCACAAGCGACAGCCAUGGAUCCCUUCAGGUUCUGUUUGAUGUUAUCAUUCUACAUGAAGUUUGGAAGUUCUGUCUUCUCAAGUAAUGCGCCUCAAACUCCUGCGCCUAUUCCUAAUGAAAAGCUGGUGGUCUUAACUGUGGCAACUAAGGAAACAGAUGGCUUCCAGCGCUUUAUGCAGACCACCAAUUAUUUCAACUACACUGUGAAGGUCUUGGGAAUGGGAGAGAUGUGGAAAGGCGGUGAUGUUGGUCGUUCUAUUGGUGGAGGGCAAAAAGUCAGACUACUGAAGGAGGCCAUGGAGAAUCUGGCUGCUCAGGAAGAUCUUGUCAUUUUGUUUGUGGAUAGUUAUGAUCUUAUCUUCGCUGGGGGACCAGAGGAGAUUCUCAGGAAGUUCCAACAAGCCAAUCACAAAGUGCUUUUUGCUGCAGAGGGAUUGAUAUGGCCAGAUAAGAGGCUAGCUGACAAGUACCCUUUAGUCCGAAGUGGCAAGCGCUACCUCAACUCUGGAGGUAUAAUUGGCUACGCCCCAUAUGUACACAGAAUAGUUUCACAGUGGGAUCUCCACGACAAUGAUGACGACCAGCUCUUUUACACUAAGAUUUACCUGGAUCCAUUGAAACGAGAAUCUCUUAACAUGACUCUGGACCACAAGUGCCAGAUUUUCCAGAAUCUGAACGGGGCUGUUGAUGAGGUGCUUCUUAAGUUUGGAACUGACAGAGUGCGAGUAAGAAACACAGCGUACAAUUCUUUGCCUGUUGUCGUCCAUGGAAAUGGAAACACUAAAAUGUACUUGAGCUACCUAGGGAACUAUGUCCCCAACGCAUGGAAUUAUGAACAUGGGUGCAGCCACUGUGAUGAUGAUCUUCUGGAUUUUUCUCAGUUACAUGAGUAUCCAGACGUGCUGGUCGGAGUGUUCAUUGAACAGCCAACUCCAUUCCUCCCUGAAUUCUUCCAGCGACUGCUCACUCUAGACUAUCCAAAAGAUAAACUGAAACUCUUUGUUCAUAACAACGAGGUUUAUCACGAGAAGCACAUUCAGAGGUUCUGGGAGGAGAAUAGGGAUGUGUUCAAGAGCUUCAAAGUUGUGGGACCAGAGGAAAAUUUGAGCCAAGGAGAAGCCAGGAACAUGGGAAUGGAUCUUUGUCGCAAGGACGCUUCAUGUGGCUACUACUUCAGCAUAGAUUCCGACGUCAUGCUCACCAACCGGCAAACACUGAAGCUCCUCAUUGAACAAAACAGAAAAGUAAUUGGACCACUUGUCACUCGUCAUGGCAAGCUCUGGUCAAAUUUCUGGGGAGCCUUGAGUCUGGACGGCUACUAUGCACGAUCUGAGGAUUAUGUCGACAUUGUACAAAGGAAACGAGUGGGUGUGUGGAACAUUCCUUACAUGGCGCACAUAUAUCUCAUCAAAGGAACUGUUUUGAGGAAUGAACUUAAAGAAAGGAAUCAUUUUGUUCUGGAGAAACUGGACCCAGAUAUGGCUUUGUGUAGAAACUCCAGAGAAAUGACCAGUCACAGGGAAAAAGACUCCCCUUCUCCGGAAUCAUUCCAUAUGCUCAGGUCCCCAAAGGGAGUAUUCAUGUACAUAACCAACCGUCAUGAGUUUGGGAGGCUCAUUUCCACAGCUAAUUACAACGUAUCUCGUUACAACAACGACUUGUGGCAGAUAUUUGAAAACCCUGUGGACUGGAAGGAGAAGUACAUCCACCCAAACUACACACACAUUUUCACUGAGAACCACUUGGAGGAGCCUUGUCCAGAUGUGUUCUGGUUCCCGGUGCUCUCAGAGAAGGCGUGUGAUGAAAUAGUUGAGGAGAUGGAGCACUAUGGUUUAUGGUCUGGAGGCAAACAUGAGGACAAGAGGAUCGCUGGAGGCUACGAGACAGUUCCGACAGAUGACAUUCACAUGAAACAAAUUGGGUUUGAUAAGGAGUGGCUGCACUUUCUCCGGGAGUUCAUAUCGCCCGUCACAUUGAAAGUUUUCUCCGGCUAUUACACAAAAGGAUAUGCAUUGAUGAACUUUGUAGUUAAAUACACCCCCCACAGACAAGCCUUCCUGAAGCCCCAUCACGACUCCUCCACCUUCACCAUCAACAUCGCUCUCAACAACAAGAAUACAGAUUUUCAGGGUGGAGGCUGCCGUUUCCAUCGGUACAACUGCUCCAUAGAAUCACCAAGAAAAGGCUGGAGCUUCAUGCACCCAGGACGCCUGACUCAUCUCCACGAAGGUCUACCCACAACCAAUGGCACUCGCUACAUCGCUGUGUCCUUUGUUGAUCCUUGAACUGUCCUUGAAUGCCCUACUAUAAAUUAUUUUUUCUUUAUUUUUGCUUUAGUAUUAUUACUAUUUUUUGGUUAGUUUUUGUUUUUGGUCAUUUCACGAUGCAAUUCUCUUUUUUAAAGCAAACGCUUUGAAAAAAAAUUUUUUUUUCAAAGAAUCUCUGUCAAACAGAGUGAAAAUGGUAAAGAAAAGUGACUGAAAUAAAUGGCAUAGAGUAGAUUGGAAAUAAAGCUAAAUCAAACAACAUUUAUGUGUACUGUAGGUUGCCAUAAUGUUUAUAAUACUGAUUUUACCAUCAUGGUAGCCGUCAUACACACUGGUAUCUUCACAAACAAGCAGCUGAAGCAUGUGCACAUUUAACUAGAGUAAUUGUUUUUCAGGUAUAAAAAGUUUGAAGCUUUCUACUACUGGUGCUACUCGACUUCUUUAUUUGCUGGAUAGCAUGUUAAUUUGUUUUUCUGUACUGAAGCAGCUUAUUCAAGACUUCUAUUGAAGAAACUUUGAAAAGGGCUAUCUUAGUUAUCUCAGUAUUUUCACUAACAAGCAAGUCAGCGGAUUUCAGUUCACCUGUUAGAAUUUUCACAUUUUACUGCUCUGCUUUUUUUUCUUUAUUGGAAAUGUCAAACAUUUGCUUUUCUGUAAAUAAAAAUGCCUUUUCUCCAGAGAGAUGUGAGUGACUGGAUUUUGAAACUCAGAAAGCCAACAUGUUUAAGUUAUUGUCAAGAUUGAAUAAAAUCUGUUUAAGAAUG